CAUCAUCAUUCGUUCUGCUAUCGCCAGCGAAGUGAUAACGUUUCGUUUCAAUCUCCCGGUGAGCUGUGCUUUCCCUGCGAGUGUGCUGUGUGUUUGGUGUGAUUGUGUGCGCGAGCGCGUGUCUGUGUGUAUGUGCGCGUGUUAAUCAUUUUGCCGAAAUAUAUAAUUGCGUAAUUAGCCUGGUGCUACGACAAGGCAACCUUUUUUUAUCACACAACCGCUAACGUUGAGAGAUUUCGCGCUAAAUACUAUUACUACCAGUCGAUUUUGUGUUUUAACUUCGUAAACUUUAAAUAAAAAAAAAAACUCCCAAACAUGCACACCUCGCCAUCGAAAAUUAUGCAAUUCCAGAUCAUCCAGAUCUUCUUGGAGGAAUGCGACGAGAACGGAUACCCAUCCCGGCGCCGUUCUCUGGUCGACGAUGCCCGCUUUGAGACGAUUGUGGUCAAGCAAACCAAACAAACCGUUCUGGACGAGGCCCGCGCAAAGGCCAACGACUCUAGUUUGGAGUGUACCAUUCUGCAGGCCCAAGAACAGCAUCAACAAGAAGACAAAAUUCCGCAAGAGGUUCAACAGACAGUCGAGGAUCAGGAUAAUGACGAAGAGGAGAUUCGAAUGGUCGCAGUUGAUGAGCUACCCCAGAAGCCGCAGGAAUACGUUCCAAGUGCCGACGAUGAGGACAAGGAAAAAGACGCUGGGCUAACUGAGGAGGAGGUUGUACUGCAGAACGCUGCCUCGGAGUCGCCCGAAGCCGAGAAGGAGGUGGUCCGUGCCGCCGUGGUCGUCCGACUGCGGGACGGCAUGGGAUCGCUCGGACGCAUCCUCAAGGCGGUGGAGGCGUACCACGGCACCGUGGUACAUCUGGAGUCGCGCCAGUCGCGCAGCGAGGGCGUCCAGUUUGACGUCCUCGUCAAGGUCGAUAUGGCCCGGUCCAAUCUGCUCCAGCUGAUCCGGUCCCUGCGCCAGACGCAGUCCUUCGGUAGCGUUAGCUUGCUGUCGGAGAACAACGUCAACGUGAAGGCACCCUGGUUCCCCAAGCACGCCUCAGAGCUGGACAACUGCAACCAUCUGAUGACCAAGUACGAGCCGGAUCUUGACAUGAACCAUCCCGGUUUCGCAGAUCAGGUGUACCGCGCUCGUCGCAAGGAAAUUGCCGAAAUCGCAUUCGCUUACCGAUAUGGAGACCCAAUCCCGCACAUCGAUUACACCGAAACGGAGAACAAGACCUGGUCGGCCGUGUUCGCGCGCGUGAAGGAGCUGAUGGUGAAGCAUGCCUGCUCCGAGUACAUUGCCGUCUUCAAGAAGCUCGAGGACGAGAAGAUCUUCGUGAAGGAGCGCAUUCCGCAGCUGCAGGAAAUGAGCGAUUUCCUGCGCAGGAACACCGGAUUCACGCUCCGGCCGGCCGCUGGUCUGCUGACGGCUCGCGAUUUCCUCGCUUCGCUGGCGUUCCGCAUCUUCCAGAGCACGCAGUACGUGCGACACAUCAACUCACCCUACCACACACCGGAACCCGAUUGCAUCCACGAACUGCUCGGUCACAUGCCGCUGCUUGCCGAUCCAAGCUUCGCCCAGUUCUCGCAAGAAAUCGGAUUAGCCUCGCUCGGUGCCUCGGAUGAGGAAAUUGAAAAGCUCUCGACGGUGUACUGGUUCACGGUUGAGUUCGGUCUGUGCAAGGAAAAGGACGAGGUCAAGGCUUACGGUGCCGGUCUGCUGUCCGCUUACGGUGAGCUGCUGCACGCCAUCAGCGACAAGCCGGAGCACCGCGCGUUCGAGCCCGCCUCGACCGCAGUGCAGCCGUACCAGGACCAGGAGUACCAGCCGAUCUACUACGUGGCCGAGAGCUUCGAGGAUGCGAAGGAGAAGUUCCGCCGCUGGGUUUCGACCAUGUCGCGACCGUUCGAGGUGCGCUUCAACCCGCACACCGAGCGCGUGGAGGUGCUCGAUUCGGUGGACAAGCUGGAAACGCUCGUCUCGCAGCUCAACACCGAGGUGCUGCACCUUACAAAUGCCAUCGCCAAGCUGAAACAGCCAUUCUGCUAAGUCUCGCGGGGUCUCUUCGUAACGGCGGCCCACGCCGGAUGCAGACCCACACCCCCCAAACAGCAGCAUGUGAUCCGAUGCGAGUGUGUGUGAGUGUGUGAGAGAGAGCGUGAGAAAGAGCGAACGAGAAUAAUGGAGCGAGUGUGAGAGAGAAGCGAGACACUAAAGCAAAGCAAAAAUGGAAAAAUGUCUGAUCGACAAGGACAAUAUAUGCGUAAGCCCCCCCCAACACCCUGUUGUGCUCCCGGCGAGCGUCCUGGACGAUGCUGCAGCAGUGCGGGGCACGUGAGCUUCCGCCAUUUUGGGUGGACUACGCUAAACUCGAUGUAUACUAUAUCCGCUACUUCUAUCCACUGCUACUACUACUACUACAGGAAAAAGAACACUACUAUUACUACUACCCGCUACUAUUAUACGGAACAGUAUUCUGCACCCACUCGGAGCACCAAAACUCGCAAGGAAGAAUGCUGGUGCGAAUAUCCUUCUUUUUUUUUCUUUGUUUUGCUAAGAUGUUUUAUUGUAUCGUUUUAUACAAUCAACGUAUGCUUGCAUACGAUCGAAUCAGUAUCGGCCAGGGGUGGCAAAGCACAAAAACCACCCCCUCCUGCUGGAAGGAAAAUUGUGCAGAAUCGAAGCAGAGCAGAGAUAUUUUUGCACCAACCGCACCAAAACCCACGCCAAGCGUGUGGAGCCCAGUGGUGGUCCAUAUUGUCCGGAAGAUAUGGAUCCCACAUCGUCUCCAUCGCAAGCAAGCAAAACCACACAGAAAAGGACAAACGGAGAAGCGUCAGGAGUAUCCCGCUCCAACGAAACGCCACAGCUGUACAGCUUCGGUAUUCGAAGCUCGUAAGCCCUCGCAAUCGAAAAAAGGAAAGGAAGUAAGGCAGCAGAAGAAAGCGGGGAGAAGGGGGCCGAUGGGGGGUUGAAAAUACCCUCCAGCACAGCUCCCGCUUUCGACUGCCGAGCCUAUUUUUGCCGGAGGACGACGAACGGAAGAAGGAUUCAUCGCAGUAACAUCGCCAGUGUGCCCAGUGUGGCACCACCACGUUUUCAAAUUCCUCAGACCGACGACUAUUCGGUUGUCGAGUAGUGCAAUCACCCGUGUUCGUGUUCUGAGCGUCCCCGUUCCUCUUCUCCAUUCGACUUGCAUGCGAGCGCGACUUGCAUGCGAGCCAGUACAACGAAAAGGACACGACUACGACGGAUGAACAACAUUCAGUAUUUUUUUGUUUAUUCCAACAAACGAAUCCCUGCCAGUCCAGUCCAACAGGAUAGUGACAUACACACCAACCAUGCCUACAAUAUCCUGACCUCCUAACCGUCCGGUCUUCCCCCCCCAAGCCCUUCCUUGUCCCCGGUAGAUCCUUUGCCCUAUUCGAGAGCUACAUUCCAACUUCCCCCAUCCAUUUGUUGCUCUCUCCAUCUCCGUCUCUGGCGUACUCGCAGGUUCCUUUCCAUUUUUCCCGUUUCCCGCACACACCCCCCCUCCCCAUCACCCCGUUCCCUUUUCCCAAUAUGUGUACGUCCUGUCAACGUAGCGUAGGAAAGAGUAUUGUUUAUUGAAGAGAACAUAUUUUUUUAUUUAACGUAAUUUAAGUAUUGUAUACUAUUUAAAGUUAGUGUUUAAACUUAAAUUAUUCACUUGACUUGAGCAGAUACUUUGUUUUUCGUUAUAUGCAGACCAAUGUAGACGGAAUGUUGCAAAACCCCCUUUUUUGUCAAAAGGGGCGGAUUUAAGGGUGCUGCAGAAGGACUGAUUGUGAUCGCGAUCGCGGCUUGAAUGGUUGAUAACGACGGUACGGAACACCCGGGCAAUAGAACCAACCACACAUGCGGAGCUUGUGCUGCCGAUCGCCUGCUGCUCCUCAUCGCAUCGUAAAGGAAGUGACUGUCCGAUACGAUACACUAACAUCUGAUAAGGUGCAAGCGGCGUGAGCAGCCGAUCGUUCUGUGCGUGUUGUAGGCUUCUAUUGCUUUUCUUCUGGAACCGGGUGAAGCUUGCUGUUCCAACCAUUCCACCGCCCUCCGAUCACAGCUAGCUAGGGAGCUUACUUUACGCUUAGGUAUUAAGGCCGUAAGCUAGGUUUGUUAGCGAGAUCCUUCGCGUGGUAACAUAGAUCCGCUACUACGAACGGCAACAUUCGCGGCUCAGGACAGGUUAAGACAAAUCCUAAAAGACAACACACUGCAACGAAAAUUCAUCCUCGACUGUCUGUAAUCUCAUGUUUGUUUUUUUUUUUAUAUAAUUGUGUAUUUUUUUAUUAUUGUGUAUAAAGGCAACAACAAUGAGCAUGAGCGGAAAAUUUCUAUUUAUAUUUAUACGAGACAAUCUUAGCACGCGCGCACGUUUAAGAAAGUGAAAAAAAUGCAAACAAACAACAACAAAAAAAAAGGAUACAGGUAAAAAUUUUCCGUCUUCAUGAAAAA